UAACACCUUCAACCAUGGGGCUGGGCUGUAGGUAUUUUGUGGGCUUAGUACUUCUCUGGUCCCUGGGGACAGCCCUUGGGCAGGGGGACUUCCGCAGGGUCAGUUUUUCUGUCUUGCAGCAUGGAUAUGAGUAUGAUUGCGGAGACUAUGGGAUGCAACUGCUGGUCCUUCCCAGCCAGGACCGCACUGUCCGCUUCAAAGUUGUGGAUGAGUUUGGGACUCCCUUUGAAGUUACAAACUGCUCCAUCUGCCUCCACUGGAUCGCAUCUGGCGAGAAAGGGGAGGUGAUCUUCUCAGCUGGCUACAAUGGCUGCCAUGUGCUCAAGCAGGAUGGCCGUAACCACCUGAGGGUCCGAGUGGAGGAACUACUGAGCACCGGGGCCAUCGCUGCCACCCGUGACGUGACCAUGACCUGCCCCAAGCCCACUGAACAUGACUUAUCCCCAGAGGAGACCAUGCGCUACGUGCCGCAGCCGGGCCUGCCGGGCCUGGUGCGCCCGGUGCCCCAGCCGCAGCCGGGCCUGGUGCGCCCGGUGCCCCAGCCGCAGCCGGGCCUGGUGCGCCCGGUGCCCCAGCCGCAGCCGGGCCUGGUGCGCCCGGUGCCCCACAUCUAUCCUCCACCAAGCAGCAUAGGUGCCCAUCUCACACAGGAGCAGUGCCGUGUGGUGGCUGGGAAGAUCCCCUGUGCAGAUGCCCCAGGCCGAGAUGCUUGCUUCCAGGCUGGUUGUUGUUAUGAUGAGACUGACCCAACUACCCUCUGCUACUAUGGCAACACAGUCACUGUUCAGUGCCUUGUGGAUGGUCACUUCGUUCUGGUGGUCUCCAGGGACAUGUCUGAUCACCCCAUCAUCCUGGACAGUGUCCGGCUAGCUUAUGCCCAAACAGGGUGUGACCCCAUCAGGAUGACAGAGGCUUUUGUGAUCUUCCGCUUCCCCCUCAUGCAGUGUGGCACCACAAUCCAGGUGAUCCAUGACAAACUGAUCUAUGAGAACCAGCUGAUCUCUGGCAUCGACAUCCAGACUGGGCCAGAUGGCUCCAUCACCCGGGACAGCACCUUCAUCCUCCAUGCUCGCUGCAUCUACAAUGCCAGUGACUUCCUGCCAGUCCAGGUGGAAGUCUUCUUGCCCCCCACACCUGCUCCAGUCACCCAGGCAGGACCCCUCCGGCUUGAGCUGCGCAUCGCCACAGAUGUGAGCUACACAUCCUAUCUCACGGAGAGAGACUACCCUGUGGUGAAGGUGCUCAGGGACCCUGUCUUCGUGGAGGUUCGCAUCCUGCAGAGAACAGACCCAUCCCUGGUCCUGGUUCUGCACCAAUGUUGGGCCACCCCCAGUGCUAGCCCCCUGCAACAGCCACAGUGGCCCAUCCUGGUGGACGGGUGCCCAUUCCUGGGAGACAACUACAGAACCCAGCUUGUGCCCAUGGUCCCUGCCUCAUCUGAGCUGCCCUUCCCAACCCAUCACCAGCGCUUUGUCCUCUCCACCUUUGCCUUUGUGGACUCUGCCUCCCAGGUGGUGCUUGAUGGACAGGUGUACAUUUACUGUAGCGCCUCCACUUGCUACCCCUCCCAGCUGGAGCCCUGCAGGACCAUGUGCCCAUCAGGCACUGCUACAAGAGGCCGCCGGUUCCUGGAUAUCGACAAUGGGACAGGAGAGCCCCAGGACCUGGUGCGUUCUCAUGGCCCCAUGAUCUUUCAGGAGAGCCCUGAGCCACGGAGAGAACAAGUCUAUGAGAACAUGGCACCUUCAGCUAUGGGGCUGGGCUAUAGGUAUUUUGUAGGCUUAGUACUGCUCUGGUCUGUGGGGGCAGUCCUUGGGCAGGGGGACUUCCGUAGGGUCAGUUUCUCUGUCUUGCAACAGGGGUAUGAGUAUGAGUGUGGAGACUAUGGGAUGCAGCUGCUGGUUUUUCCCAGACAGGGUCACACUGUCCGCUUCAAAGUUGUGGAUGAGUUUGGGACACCCUUCGAAGUUACCAACUGCUCCAUUUGUCUCCAUUGGGUCACAUCUGGCGAGCAAGGAGUAGUGAUCUUCUCGGCUGGCUACAAUGGCUGCCACGUUCAGAAGAAGGAUGGCCUUAACCACCUACAGGUCCGAGUGGAGGAACUAUUGAGCACUGGGGCCAUCGCUGCCACCCGUGAUGUGAUCAUGACCUGCCCCAAGCCUCCUGAACAUGACAUAACCCCAGAGGAAACCAUGCACUAUGUGCCGCAGCCAGGCCUAGUGCACCCGGUGCCUGUGCCACAGCCGGGCCUGGUGCGCCUGGUGCCCCACAUCUAUCCUCCACCAAGAAACAUAGGUGCCCAUCUCACACAGGAGCAGUGCUGAGUGGUGACUGGGAAGAUCCCCUGCCGAGAUGCCCCAGGCCGAGCUGCUUGCUCCCAGGCUGGCUGCUGUUAUGAUGAGACUGACCCUACUACCCCCUGCUACUAUGGCAACACAGUCACUGUUCAGUGACUCGUGGAUGGUCACUUUGUUCUGGUGGUCUCCAGGGACAUGUUUGAUCACCCCAUCAUCCUGGACAGUGUCCAGCUAGCCUAUGCCCAAACAGGGUGUGAUCCCAUCAGAAUGACAGAGGCUUUUGUGAUCUUCCGCUUCCCUGUCAUGCAGUGCGGCACCACAGUCCAGGUGAUUGGGGACAAACUGAUCUAUGAGAACCAGCUGAUCUCUGGCAUUGAUGUCCAGACUGGGCCAGAUGGCUCCAUCACCCGGGACAGCACCUUCAUCUUCCAUGCUCGCUGCAUCUACAAUGCCAGUGACUUCCUGCCAGUCCAAGUGGAGGUCUUCUUGCCCCCCACACCUGCUCCAGUCACCCAGGCAGGACCCCUUCGGCUUGAGCUGCGCAUUGCCACAGACCUGAACUACAGAUCCUAUCUCACGGAGAGAGACUACCCUGUGGUGAAGGUACUCAAGGACCCUAUCUACAUGGAGGUUCGCAUCCUGCAGAGAACAGACCCUAACCUGGUUCUGUCUCUCCACCACUGCUGGGCUACCCCAAGUGCAACGCCCCUGGAGCAGCCACAGUGGCCCAUCCUAGUGGAUGGGUGCCCAUUCUUGGGAGACAACUACAGAACCCAGCUUGUGCCCAUAGGCUCUGAGUUGCCCUUCCCAACUCACCACCAGCGCUUUGUUCUCUCCACCUUUGCCUUUGUGGACUCAGACUCCCAGAUAGCACUUGAUGGAGAGGUGUACCUCUUCUGUAGUGCCUCUGCCUGCCGUCCCUCCCGGCUGGAGCUCUGCAGGACCAUGUGCCCAUCAGGGGCUGCUAUAAGAGGCCGCCGGUUUCUGCAUAUUGGAAAUGGGACAAGAGAGCCCCAGGACUUAGUGAGUUCUCAUGGACCUGUGAUCUUCCAGGCGAGUCCUGGGCCACGCAGAGAGCAAGUCUAUGAGAACACAGCCCUGGUGAACAAUGCAAGACCCUCUCCAACACUCUCUCGAAGUCACUGGUUCCUCAGGAUCCAAAGUGGAACAGAACCCUUGGACUUGAUUCUGGCUCCAGAGAGGACCUGA